AUGUCAGACACGGAAGAUCACAACGAAACAAUACAGGCUGAGCAGCCCUCGCACCAGGAUGUCGACGCUGACGGCGGAGACCAGCUAGAGACGGCUUCGGCUGUCGGUGAGGUUUCCGCUGACGAUGUUGUUGCAGACAGCGAUCGAACAUCCUCCGAGAAGGAAGGCGGAGAGAUCGAUGCGGAUGAGGAGAUCCCCGAUGACCAAGGCGAUCUCGAUGAUAUGGUCAAAGAACAGCAAGAUGUCGACCUCGAGCCUGCCACGAGUCUGACGCCGUCCAAAGCUUCUGCUCCUACAACCCCUUCUGCUGGAGCAACACGUGCUGCUGGCGCUACCAAAGCAGGCACUACAGCCCCAACCGCAGCUGGCAGGGUCGUCGCGGGUGCUCGGCCAUCCGUCACCGGCGCGACUGCCUCAAGAACAGGCUCCACGACUACCACCGCCGGAGCUGCUCGUACUGGCGUCGCGGGCCGUCCCAGCAUCGCCGGCACAACUGCUGCAGCAAGAGCAGGCACUGCCACAGCUCGUCCGGGCGUAGCUGGCCGAGCAAGCUUGGCUUCGGGUGCUGCGGCCCCUGGCACCGCAGCUGCACGCACGACCACAGCCUCCGCUCGACCCUCCGCCGCAGGCACAGCUAGCACGGCAGCUCGGCCUGCAGUUGCCGGCACAGCAUCGACAACAGCAGCAAGGCGCGUAUCCACCGUGCCCUCAUCGCCUGCUCGCGCCACCGCGGGCGCUGCAGGCACAGCAGCGGUACGUCGCCCUGCCGGUACGGCUACAGCUGCUGCAACCGGAGCGACCACCACCGCAGCGGUGCGAAGGCCGGUCGGGGCUCCCACAGCUGCAACGCCUGCUACCACAGCCGCUCGCCGACCUCCUGUCUCUUCAGCCGCGGGCACCGUAGUCAAGAAGGCACCUGUUGCUGGCUCCACCACCUCAUCCAGCGGAGCGCCCACGACAGCCACUGCUCGACGCGCAUCCAUCACCAGCAAUGGCACGAGCGCUGCUGGCACCGCAGCCCGUCCUACAUCGGCCGCACGGGCUUCCUUGGCUCCCGCAGCGAGAGCAGGCACUGUAUCGACAACUGCUGCCACCGCUGCCGCCCGGAAGAGCCUUGCUCCCGUUGGAGCUGGCACCACCGCCGCCGUCAAGGAUCUGCAAGUUAAGGUGGCCAAACUCGAGACCGAGCUUUCUGAGCAAAAUGACCAAUUGGAGCAGCUCAAGGCCGAUCUCGAGACCAAGGAGGAGGAACUUCAGUCCAAGACCGUCAGUCUCUGCGCAGCCGAAGCCAGACUGGCUGAAGCAAAAGAAGCUGCUGAUGCGCCAGCCCAAGAGCAAACCGCAUCUUCCUCCGAACAGAUCGAAGCUCUGAAAUUGGAGGUAGAGCGCCUCAAGACCGAGCUCGGCUCCUCCGAUGGCCAGCGCGCAGACCAAGCAUCGCAACACGAUGCCAUACUCAGUCAGAAAGAAGAGGCCAUCGUCGCUGCGCAGAGCAAAAUCGAAGAGCUCGAAUCAGAGUUGACGGAGGCGCGAGCGGCGCAUGAGGAUGCUGCCGCUGCCCGAGAUGCUAGUGCCAAAGAACAGGGUGCAAGCCAGGCGGCAGCUCUCGCAGAUCUUCAAGCGAAGGUCGAAGCCAGCUCCAAAGAGAUCGAAGAGCAUCAGAGCAGCGCCAAACGAGCUCACGACGAAGCCGAGGCUGCCCGGAAAAGCGUUGCUGACUUGGAACAACGUGUUCAGCAGCUCACAAUCGAUCACGAACAGAAGGUCAACGCCAGCGGCGAGCAGACUUCCAAGCAGCUCGAGGAACAGCGUCAAGCACACGAAGCUGCGGCUACAGAGGCCAGCGAGAAGGUCGCAACGUUGCAAUCUCAGAAUCGAGAGCUGCGAGACGAGCUCGAAGCCUUGAAGUCACAGCUAUCUGAUUCUCACGACGAGAUCAAAAAGGCCAGCGCCGCCGGCGAGCAGGGUGCAUCCAACCUUGCGGAGAAGGAUGCGGAGCUGGUCGCGCUCAGAAAGAGCCAUGAAGAUCUGCAGAAAAAGCUGGCUGAUCUCUCUGCAGUCCAGGAAAGGAACGCGGAGCUGGAAGAGCAGGCGGCGAAGCUGCCUGAGCUUGAACAGCGCAACAGCGACUUGCAGGGCGAGAUUGAGUCCAACUCUUCGGCGUUCGAGACAAGACUCGCCGAGGCCGUCGCUGCUGCCGAGGUUGCGGCACAUGCAAAGGCGCAGACCACGCACAAAGAGGAGCGAUCUUCUGCAGAGUCGCAACACAGUCAAGCACUCGCCCAAGCCGUGGAGCAGGCUCGAACGGAAGCCGAGCAGAAGCAUAUAGCUAUGAUCGAAGACGCUGUCAACCAGGCUCGUCGCGAGCUGUCAGCCGAGCACGCAAAGGUACUCGAACGCGCGCUCGAGGCAGCCAAUGCCAAGCAUGCGGAGCAGAAGGCGAGCGAUGUCGACGCAGCUCGACGCGACGCUGAGGAGCAGCUGCGAGCUGCCCUGCAGAAGGAGCACGAGGCAGCUCUCGAAGAGGCGCAAGCCGCUACCACCUCUCGCCACGGUGAGGAGCUCUCGACGCUCGCUGCAGCGCACGAGGCGACCCUCGCCGAAGCUCGCGACGGUCAUGCGUCGGAACUCUCCUCCAGCAAAGAGGCAGCUGAGGCACGGAUCAAGGAAGUGCAGCAGACCUUGGACGAGGUCAAGGCGGAGCUGGCCGCUCAGGAAGCUAAGUACGCUGCCCAGGUCGCCGAGGUCAAGGCCGAGCACGACCAAAAGGUGAUGGCCGCUUUCGAAAAGGCACGGGCCGAAGCAGGCGACAAUCACUCGACAGAUCUUCAGGGUCUCAAGGAGCAGUCCGCCAAGACGGCCGAACAGAUGCGCAAGUCGCACGCCGACGAGCUCGAAGCUGUACAGGCCGCUCACGCUGCCGCCCUGUCUGAAGCGGACGAUCGCCACAGUAGCGAGCUCAAACGUGUUCAGACGGACCUCACUGCAGCACAGGCUGACCUCAAGAAGAUCAAGGACACGGUUGCGCAGCUGCAACGCGAGAAGGAAGCCGGCGACUCACGCAUCCAGUCGCUCGAGGCGGAGCUGGCUUCCGCUUCCGACCGAGUCAAGCAAGCCGUCUCUGACUCAGCGGCUGCCAGCUCGACCGAGACCUCUACGCUGCGAACGCAGAUCGAGCAACUGGAGCAGGAGCUUGCCGACGUCCGCACCGCGCACAACCAGUCUCAGACCGCGUUCGUUGAGCAAUUCGAGGCGAUCUCCACCCAGCAUGAAGCCGACAAAAAGGCUCUUAUCGAGAAGCACAUUGACGAAGUGGGCCAGCUGACUGCGCAGCACGAGCAAGCGCUGGUGCCGCUCCGCGAGCAGCACUACCAGGAGCUGGAGAAGUCCAUGGAACUGGCGGACAAGCUGACGGAAGCACAACGCGCUCACGAAGCCCUUACGGCCGAGCUGGCGCUGAUGACGACCAAAGCUGCCUCCGCCGCAGCUGCGCCAACCAGUGCAGCGAGCCUGCUCGAGGCGCAAGGCAAGGAGAAUCAGGAGAUGAGCGAUCUGGAGCGUCUUCACGCUGCGCACACGGAGAAGGUCGCUCUCCUCUCCAAUCAGCACCACGAGCAGCUGGAGAAGAUGCUUGCUGAACGCCGGGCUGAGCGGGAAGAACUCGACACCGUCAAGCGCGACCUAUCGAACGCUAAGCGCGAAGUGGCCCUCCUCGCCGGCAACGCGGAGGACGUCGAGACGCUCAAAGCAGAGAUUACGCAGCUCGAGGAAAGACUCAACAAGGCCCUUUCCACGCACUGA